GCUGAGAAGAAGAUGAUGAACUGAUCAUGUAUCUCUGUGAUAACUAGAACAAAUCUGCCACAGUCCGCCUGUUUCCCUAUUUAUUACAAUGGCUGCUUCCAUUCCUUCAUUUUCAGGAUUAAUUAUUCUUUUAUCGUAUUUUGUGUUUUGGACAUAUGCAGCAUUUGAGAUAACCAUUCUACAUACAAAUGACGUUCACUCACGUGUACAAGAAAUGGAUCUUUAUGGAAGGCAAUGUGUGUUUGAUUGUUACGGUGGUGUGGCCAGAAUGAAAACAAAAGUACAAGAAAUUAGAAACCAGUUUCCUAAUACUUUACUGUUAGACGCCGGGGACCAGUUUCAAGGGACGCUGUGGUUUAAUCACUAUGGCGGAAACAUUACUCUUACAACAAUGACUGAACUCGGAUAUGACGCCAUGGCAUUGGGAAAUCAUGAGUUUGAUCGAAAUAUCGAGGGUCUUUUACCAUUUCUGAAAGAAGUCAACUUCCCUGUUUUAAGUUCUAACAUCAAUACUUCACUAGAACCCUCCAUUGUUCCUUACGUCAGCAAAAGUUACAUAGCUCAGGUUGGUGGUCAACAAAUUGGAAUUGUGGGAUACACGACAAAAGAUACCCCCAUCAUAUCCUCUCCGGGUUCCUUAAUUUUUAACGACGAAGUUGAGUCUGUACGCAGUGAGGUACAGAAGCUCACAGGUGAUGGAGUCAACAAGAUUAUAGCACUUGGUCAUGCAGGAUUUGAAGUAGACAAGAGAAUUGCAGAGAUAUCUGGUGUUGAUAUAGUCAUUGGUGGACAUACUAAUACAUUCCUAUACUCAGGUACUCCUCCAUCUAUUGAAAAGCCCGCCGGAGAGUAUCCCCAUGUGAUCCAGAAGCCUGAAAGUGAACGAACUCUAGUGGUCCAGGAUUAUGCGUUUGGAAAGUAUCUGGGAUUUUUGCAAGUUGAAUUUGAUAACAAUGGAAAAAUAUUGAAUUAUGGAGGAAAUCCAAUUUUACUCAACAGCUCUAUUGAAGAAAACUCAGACCUAAAAGACAAGAUCAGUCUUUUGUACAACGCCAUAGAAAAAUCAGCUAAAACAGUAGUGGGGCGGACACUGGUCACUUUGGAAGGAAAUAGGCAAUGUCGCGUGAGAGAGUGUAACAUGGGUAACGCAAUAGCUGACGGUCUCGUAUACCAUAAUUUGAGGGACACCGAUGACGUCAAUGGUACACAAGUUUAUAUAUCUUUGCUCAACGCAGGAUCCAUUCGGACAACUUUUACCAGAGGACAGAUAUCGAUGGGGAGCAUAUAUGAAGCACAACCUUUCCGGAAUACUCUAGAAACCAUUCAACUUCAAGGGAAAUAUUUACGUGCAACUUUGGAGCACAGUGCCAGCUCGCACAACUUGGGGUGGCCUGAAGGGGGAUUUCUUCAAGUAUCUGGAUUAAGGGUGAAAUACAACUUAAAUAAACCGGAAAACCAAAAAGUUGUAGAUGUGAAAGUUCUAUGUGCAGACUGUGUAGUUCCGAAAUAUGUACCCUUAAAUGACGAUAAAAUGUAUGGAAUAAUUGUGUCAAACUUUCUUCUAUCCGGCGGUGAUGGUUAUACUGUUCUUAGAGACAACGCUCGGCAGAAAUAUAUAGUAGGGAAUUUGGACACCGAGGCUUUCUCUGCCUACGUGGCUAACAUGUCGCCAUUAUAUAACACGCUAGAUGGCAGAAUAGAGUUUGUGGAUGAUGGCUAUCGAUGUGGUACCAGCGGUGGCCUCGCCACCACAAAGACUUCCUUCAACACAAUGCUAUUGUUCUGGUUGACUUUGUUUUAUCAUUUUUGUUAG